AUGAACGCUGGACCUUGGGGACGUCAAGGGCCUCAUCCACCGCAGCAGCACCAGCGGCAGAACGUGCAUAUAGGGGAUGCCGGUCCCCCAUUUGUGGGAACGGCUACCCUAAAGGUUCCACCAGCUUGGGCAGCCGAACGUGCGCACUGGUAUUCUUUGCGAAGCUGGUUGAGUGACCUAGUAUUAUGGGCAUCAGCCACGGACCUUGACCCGGUCAGGCAAGGCCCUGUCGCAGCUUUGCAAAUCACUGGCGCAGCGCGUGAAAUCGUCCGUGAAAUUCCUCCGCAACAUUUGCGUGACGGUGUGCAGGAUCCUCAACAAGGACACAUCCCUGGCCUCAUGCUUUUGGCUCGUGCACUUACCGAUCGGUAUGGUCCACUGGAAUCUGAAGUGGCAACGCGAGCUAUUAGUGAGCUGGUCACGUUUACACGCAUGCAAGGGGAAUCGGUAGAUGCACUUCUAGUUCGGUUCGAAGUUUUGCGUGUACGAGCUCAGCAACGUGGAGGUUUGGGAAUCAACGCGCAAGGGCUCAGUUGGAUGCUGUUGAACGCACUACGCCUGCCUCCCGAAAUGUGGGAUCGUCUUUUGCUGGCAAAUCAGGGCAUUCUCCUGCAAGAUGAGCAGCAGCUGGCCGCACUGUGUGACAGGAUUCGCAGGACUGGCCAUUUGUUGGAGGGUGGCUAUCACCGACAUCCCGAGCAAGGUGCCACAGGUGAUCCUGGUCAUUUUGCAACUGCUGCAGCAGCAGGUGCGGCUUCCAGUGGUCUGGACCGGGUCACCGGGGCAGCAGGCGGUAUUUCCUAUUACGAGCAGCAACGCGAUGACCGCUGCAACACAUGUGGCAUGUAUUUCGAAGAUGAUGAAUUUUCAAGCGCAACGGAUACCGACGAUGGCGUAUCUGAUCCCGAAGCCGCUCAAAUUUAUUAUGCAUUCACAGAUGAGGCAUCCAUGGCAGGUGAGUUGUAUCACAACUACCUCGUGGCCAAGAGACGAUGGCGGCGUUUCUCUGGGAAGCCACCAAGGCGAUACAGAAGGUCGUUCUGGGAUGAUCAGCGCAGAGAUCGACAAGCUCAGAGACUGCAGAGGUCGCCCUAUGGCAGAGUCUAUGCGAGCUUCCUGCCGAAUUCCGCAUUUGCAGGCAACAAGGGGGCAAAAGGUGGAAAAGGUAAAGGAAAGGGAGGUGCUCGGAAUCCCCGUGGAAAAGACGGCAAAGUUCUCCUGUGUUCAAAGUGCGGGAGUGAUCAGCAUUUGUGGAGGCGAUGCCCGCAGACCACGGGAGGCACGGCUCCGGCAACAGCCUCUCCACCGGCCCUGGCCAUGUUGGCGGGUGUGGGCUCGGGCAGCAGUGCUCUGGCUUUGACGGCUGCGCAGUCAGCGUUUCCUGGGGUGACUUUCAACUACAUGUCACAAGCAGCGGGUUCGAUGCGAUCUGGAUCGUCGGUAGCAGGUGGCAGCGCAUAUGAUGCAGAGUUGGAAAGCCUUCGCAGUGUGUCCACGGUUCGCAAGAGGGCCGAGGGCGAUUCGACCUACACACCCAGCAAGCUGGCCCGUGAGAGUUUCAUGCAGAACCCCAUCAUCGAUGAUGGUGACGAUGCUGGUACGGCGGCAGAUGACGAGGAGGAGGAGCUCAUCCCAGACAGCGCAAGCAAUGUUGGUGCGCAUCCCUCAUCAGUCAAUGCCGCGUCAACGGCAUGGAACAUCAGUCAGGCAGCGCGUGGUUCGAGCAGCAAUCAAGACCAGGGAGAACGCGCCGAGCAUGCCCGACGAGUCACGCUUCAGCUUUCCGAGCUUCUGGGCGGCGCAAGCUUUGGCACGGGCGCGCAGUUUUUUCCAUCGCGUACACAUGGGAACUACCCAUGGUGGGAUGGAGCGAGUGGCCCCGAUCAACCACAAGUUUUCCAUGCACGGACACGGAUUGAUGGACGUGUCGGUCUGCUGGUGGACACUGGUGCUCAUGACAAUUUGGUUGGAAGCGUGACACUGGAUGAUCUGCCAAAGCAAGUUGGUGCCCAGGCUCAUCAGCGUAAUCUGGAUCGUGUUUUGCCUGUUUCAGGCGUGGGAAAGGAGGAGCAGAGAGCCACGCAUUCUGGGCAAAUCGAUUGCAGAUUCGCUGACGCGCAGGGCACUUUGCAAGUGGGCAGCUACACAGCGCCGGUCAUUGGUGGCUCAGCUUUACCUGCACUUCUGGGCCUACGUUCUCUGCGCAGCAAAUCAGCCAUCGUUGACACGGCCACUCCGGCUUUGAUCCUGGCGGGCCCAGGUGGCAUUGAGUUCAAGCUCAGUCCAGGAAGCAAGGUGCACAAGUUACUGCUGAGUGAUAGCGGUCAUUUGAUUCUCCCUGUGCACCAUGUGGCAGAUGAUGGAGCUCCAACAGCAACGGCAGUUGGAUCUCUGGAUUUCAUGAUGAAGUGCAGGCAUUCCAAAGACAAUGUGAAGCCACGUGAGAAGGAGGUGGAGCAACACCAAGACGAUGUUGGAGAAGACCUUCGCAGUCUUGAGCUGGACGAUAACCCUGAGCGGACGGAAGCGCUUUUCAUGCAGCAGGCAGAUGAUGAAUAUGCGGUCUUCGCAGGUGGUCAGAACUUUGAGAUGAAGUUUGGUUUUGACCUGAGCAAAGCCGCCGACAUUGCUGUUCUGUGGAGGUUGCAGAGUUUCAAUUGCGACGAGGAAGUCACUUUGUCAUUGAGCAACCUCGCGGCAGUGCACUUUAUGACUUACCAGCAUGGCGAGCAGAUAAGGCAGAAUCUGGACCCGUGGUUAGACGAAGGUUCGUGGAUGCUGAAGCUCAAAUCAACAUUCCUGAAGGUGCCGGUGGACCAGAUCGUAUUGCAGAGGAGCCGCAGUUGGCUGAACAGCCAGAAGGGCGAGAGGUGGAGCGCAGGAAAAUUGGUGUUCGGGCGUGACUUCGACUCCCUGAAAACUGGAAUGUACGACAUCUGGUUCAGCAAGUUUGGCUAUCCGCAGGAGCUGGUCGGACUUACAGCCGUUGCCUGUGAUGACUCCUUGGUGCUGUGGUGGGAAACUGGAAGACGCGAGUGUUGGUACAACGCUUUCGUUUCGGGCGCGCAGUAUGUGAAUUUUGUCCGGCUGGCAGGCGGACGAGCAGUGGACAUGUCGUUUGUGCAGUUCUUCAUGAUGGACAGCGAAAGCGUGCGAGAAGUGCGAGGCGAUCGUGAUGACGUGCCCAACCUGGGAGGUCCAUAUGAACCCAGACUGCCGCGACUAUUGCCAGUCAGUGUGACCGAUACCGUACUGUCGCCUGCGCGACGGCGCGCGCGAGCAAUUGCAGAUGUCUCAGAAACAGAUCCGAUCAGGAAUGACAGCAGCGUGGCGCAGAGCAGUGGGGAUGCUGGAACUUCGGGGGACCACGGUGUUGAAUAUCCAAGGAAUUCGGUUCAGCCUGUGGAACCCACUCUUGCAACUUCCGAAGAUGCUGUGUUCCUGAUAUCGAAUGAUCAGCAGCAAGUGGAAGAUGAUGACGAGCCCGCAGAACUUGUUUUCGAUAGAAGCAGUUUUCAUGGGAUCAGCGGUGUCAAGCAGAAGCUGCAUUCUGGUUGGGAACUCGUUUUGCACUAUCAUGUCAAAGAGCAUUCGGAUCCUGUCAUUCAGCGAAUCAACAACAUUUUAACCCGUGAGGAGGCGCUGGAAAAUGCUGACAAAUGCAGGGUUUCCAUGAUCAAGGAGCUCAUGCGUCGGGACAAGCAUAAGGCUUGGGAGCGGCGCUCUUUGCGAGGCGCUGACAAUCUGUUGCGCAGCAAGUGGGUCUUGAAGUGGAAACAAAUCAGCGGCGUGCGAGAUAUAAAGGCACGGAUGGUGGUUCAAGGCUUUCUUGAUGCGCAACCAGUGUCCGCGUUUUCUGGCACCACAUCGCGAUGGGGUCAGCGUUUGGUGGUCAUUGCUGCCAUUCAGAACUCCUGGAGCCUUCACUCUGCAGACGUUUCGGAAGCUUUUUUGAGGGGCAUCACCUUUGCAGAUCUCUUUGAAGAAGAUCCAAGCAAGCCCAGGCGACGUGUUCAGUUGCGGCUCCCGCCGGGUAGCGCCGAACUGAUCAGAAGUUUGCCGGGCAUGGAGACCUUUGAUGAGCAGACGGAAUGUUUGGAGAUGCUUAAGCCGGGCUUUGGAUUGAAGGAUGCGCCGCGUCUAUGGAACAAAGCGCUGAGUCGUGUCUUGCGGAAGGCAGGACUUUCCCACCUGCAGACUGAUAAGCAACUUUAUGCCAAGCACGAAGGUGGCAAAUUGAUCUUGCUGGUGUCAGUGCAUGUGGAUGAUCUGAAGAUGACGGGAGAAGAUGAUUCCGUACGCAAUUUGAUCAAGUCUCUGGAGGUUGAGUUUGAUGAGCUCAAACUGGAGAAGGAACACUAUGUCAAAGAACUUCGUGGAAUUCCAGACGCGGACUUGCGGUUGUGUCCGGACGAGUUGGUGAACGCAGACGUGGCAGCACGUUUCAGUUCACUUCUUGGCGGGAAUGAGGAGCAGACAGACUCCCCCAAGCAAGGCACGAGAGAAAGGGGCGGUCGCAUCAAGAGACUCGGUCAUGCUGACCGCUAA